CCGAUUCACGCAACUAUCAGCGAUAUAAAGGGCGACUGGAUUUUCUACAUGACUCCAAGUGUAGCCAGUGCCAUCCACACUUGCGGCUCUGGAACCCCCAACAAAAACACGGAGAAUUUGCAGCCCCUUAUUGCGGACCCCCAGACAUAUCUAAAGAGUCACGGAGGUGUCUCGAAAACUCUAGAGUUGCAGUUGACCGACGACCUGGUUCCAUUCGCCUCGGUCAGAGAGACGAAUGGAAAUCCUCACAGACAAAAUUGGAAAGCUCUUGCAGUCAAGGAUUCGACUAACACAGUUGUUGGAGGAUGGACGACUGUGUACGAUGAAGGAUUUGAGGUUCAUCUUCUUGACAAGACUCGCCUAAUGGCGCUGAUGCGGUACUCAAAGAAGGACUCCUGCCCCACAGCAAGUAACGGAGAUUUAGAGGAUCGAAAUGGGAGGACGACAUGCUAUACCACUGACGCGUCUAGAACGCAAAUAGGGUGGUACUACAUGACGGCAAGUGAUGGAUCCAUGCAUUCCGGCUGCUUUUAUGGAGAAAAAAAGCUGGGCUCGUUUGGUUUGGAGGCUGCCCCUUCUUUUGUGGCUGUGCGGCAGCAAAAUCAUACAGAGGGGGCAGAGAAUCGUGUCUUCGAGUCACCACAGGGCACCUCCCCGUCCUUUCUCUCUGAAGUUUCGUAUUACUUGAGCAAGGAGUAUGUAGACAAGCACAAUGAAAAGCCAACUAGCACAUGGAAAGCAGCCUACGACUCAUCCUUCAUUCAAAAGCAUCGCUCAGUUCUAUCUUCGUUGGUUAAGGAUUUCGGAUAUUCUAAAUUCAAUACUGCUGGUGGUGUUGUAGCAACGCCAUCUUUUCUUCAGGACGAAACUGGCUUGCGCGAAUCUGUUUCGACGCAGCUAUACGCUUGCCCCUGCAAAGAAGGUGCGGCGUGUUUGCUGACGGGGGGCAGGGAAGGGAGAAUGCGGACUGUGGUUCUUGGCUACUUUUGCGCUCGCCCUUGGAUUGCUUCUACUGGAGAUAUUGUUCAAGACACGCGCAAAGAGGAGGGUUCAGACGCGUCUUCGGCUGCCGUCCUGUCUCCCAUUAGCAUGCUGCAUAUCUCGACAGCGGAUGUCUCAAUCAGAGAGCACGACCCUGUUGCAUCACCCCAUUCUUACUUGACAGCCAGCAGCAACACCAGUGGCAGCAGUGGCAGUCUUCCAAAAGCAUUUGCUUGGCCGAACCCUUUCGCGGAUCCUUCUUUUACUGAAGAAGCAACGAACCAGGGCGAUUGCGGCAGUUGCUAUGCCCUUGCUGCGGUGUACGCUUUGGAGGAGAGGUUUAACAUUGGGCUCUCCAAGUUGCUGGGUCAGAAUGUUUCGGCAUUCAGUGGAAUUGAUCUGAAUGCAGCUCAAGCGACAGCAGCUCUAGGCCUUAGCAAUUCGUCAGCAGGAAAACUCUCUCCGCAGUCAAUUCUCGCUUGCUCCUUUUAUAAUCAAGGCUGCCACGGUGGAUUCCCGUACUUAGUGGGCAAGCACGCGACAGAAAUGGGUAUUCUGCAGGAUGGUUGCAUGCCAUAUAACGGAAUGGACCUUAAUUCGUGCCCUGUGCUGCAACGGUCCCCACAACAGCAGCCCAAAGAAUACACUUCUUCCUUUCUCGCACUGGACAGCGAGUCCAACGCCUGCCAUGUUGGCGACCAGAGAUGGUUCGCGAGUGACUAUGGCUACGUUGGGGGCUGCUACGAGUGCAGCCAGUGCUCUGGGGAGGAGAACAUUAUGAGGGAGAUAAUGGAAAGCGGUCCGGUUACAGCGGCGUUCGAUGCGCCCGCGUCCCUCUUCAGCUAUACUUCUGGGGUGUAUGACACGGAAGACGCGCCACAUGCGAGAGUAUGCGACACUCCGGGGGCCCCGGGGGCGUCCAAGGGCCUCAGCGGAUGGGAGUUCACGAAUCACGCGGUCAAUCUUGUGGGCUGGGGCGAGACCGAGGGAAGCGAGGCGUCUCCGCCGCUGAAGUAUUGGAUUGUUAGAAACACCUGGGGUUCAGGAUGGGGCAACCGCGGGUACUUCCUUCUCCGUAGAGGGAAAAACGUUGGCGGCAUCGAGAGCCAGGUUUCCUUCAUUGACCCUGACUUCACUCGCGGGAUGGGCAAGGCUAUUUUAGAAACCCUUCAAAGGAAAUCUAUUGCCUCUUGA